AAAUAAGUCAAGAAAACCAACCUGACGAAGGACAUGGAAGACCAUAGACUGACUUGAAGUAAAGCGACGGAUUUUCUCGGUUUGUUCCACGUAUGGAAAGAUCAUUAAACUGAACGAUGGUCUAUUUGUAAAGUUCAUCGAAAUCCAUUCAGCCAUCCUGUGAAGGGGAGGGCACAAUUGUGUUUUGCUCCGUGAUGUUCAAAUCGCAUGAUGCUGCUGAUCAGUUCCUCAUUGCAGUCAAGUUUAACAAACCCGCUGAAAUAUCAAGACUUGUUGCGCUUGGUGUAGAUGUUGACGCGCGUCUCGACUCUGCUGAUCGCACAGCACUUCACUAUGCCGUCAUAAACAACAAGUUACCGUGUAUWAAAUCAUUGAUUACAGCAGGAGCUGAUGUUAAUGCACAUGACGAGGAUGGUCUUACUUGUCUUCAUCGUGCAGUAUGCGAUGGUCAUCCUCUCAUAGUGAUGGCACUGAUACAGGCGGGCUGUCUCUUAGACAAUCAAGAUGAGAACGGAAACACUGCCUUACACGAAGCAUCMUGGAAUGGAUAUAUUAACUGCGUACGAAUCCUGAUAGACGCUAAGGCUAAUGUCAAUAUCUAUAACAAGUCUGGCUUUACAGCGUUGCAUCUGGCUGCUCAAAAUGGUCACAGUUCUACAGUACAGACCCUUCUUGACAGCAAUGCGUACUCAUUGGCCAAGAAUAAUUAUGGUGAUACACCUUUGCAUCUUUCUUCUCGCUAUGGCCAUCAUGACGUCUGUAGACUACUGGUUACAGCAGGAGCCAACAAAUCCCUACAGAACCUACAGAAUAACGUCGGUGAUACACCUCUGCACAUCGCAGCUCGAAUUGGUCACGAGGUGGUGGCUGCAAUAAUUGUGGACAGCGGAAAUCUUAUAGCUGUUAAAAACAACGUUGGGGAGACAGCUCGUGACGUUGCGAUCCGGUGCGGCCACAGGAACAUCUCUUCCAUGAUACCAAGCAAUAGUCUGCCCAGGAACGCAAAGAAGCAACGACCAAAGAGUGCCAACAUUUCCCGCUGUCUGUACGACAGUGUCACAUCUCUGAACGCAAGCUCGACCUCAGCCCUUUUCAUCCCUAUUCCUGUCCCUGGGAACCCUGUGCCGAAGAAACCAUGGGAAAGAAAGAACUAUCUCAAGUACAUCAAAUGGAGGUCAAAGAAAGAGGAAGAGGACCGGACCAAGAAGAGGAGGAGCUGUCCUACCGACAUGACAAUACCGCUGACCGUUAAGUACGAUGAAAUGUGUUUCAUUGAYAAGCAYUACAGCAUGAUGAUUGAAGGUGAGGAUUCCAGAUCACCAUUGGUCGUGAAUGGUCGAGCGAGGACUAUGAAUAUUCCGAUUCCUACAGAAACAGACUCGCUGUCAUCGACGAUAUCAAGCACUUCUGCCGCCAGUCACGUGGAUCUUAAUAACAAUUCAACAAUCAAACGUUCUCAAAGUAAAGAUGACCUUCAUCAAAAACCUCAAGAAAAAAACGACAAACACAAGAGAAAGUUUCUUGGCCUAUUCCGUAGCGCGAGCGAUCAAGACUUACAGASAAAUUCGAAAACACAACGUUCCUUUUUAAGAAGAAAAAAGACAGGUCACAAAGACGACAAAGAACUGCAGCAAGUGGCMACAAAUGGUGCUGUAAAAGAUCAUCCAGACAUUCUAGCGGAUAACMUACUUUCUUAUUCAUCACAGGAUCAAAAUAUUGAGAAAUCACUCACAGAUAGUCAAUCGAACAAUCCGGUUAAUCCCCACUUAUCAAAUGUCGUUGGAAAAGAUGAUUUAGCAAACAAUAACAACGAAAAUGACUUACUGUCACCUGCACUUCAACAAUUAGGUGAACAAGAAAGCGACUCUCAAGACGAAGAAGUUCCAGUACAACAUUUGGAAACUCCUCCAACCGUUUUACCACAUCAAUCACGUGUCGAACCGCUCGAACUCCUGCCACUACAAGCUGCCGUCGAACCAGUCGAUUCUUUACCACCAGACGYCAUGGCUUGGAAACGAGCGAAGGAACUGUGGGAGAAAYGUGAGGCCGAAGAGACACAAGUCAACAAAGAAGAAAGAKGAAAAAAGAGGGACAAAAAGGGACAUUCUGAUAAAACGAGAGAAGAACGAAAAAAAGAAGAGAAAGAUAAAAAACAUCACUCAAAAUCGCGAAGUCGAGAUCAUAAAGAACGAGGUGAGCGGUCUGACAGCAAAAYCAGAUCGAAGGAAAGACGAAGCAAAGAAUCYCAUCAUGACGGUAAACAUGAACGAUCAAAACACGACGAAAAACAAAGAAAAGACCACAAGCAUAAYCAUAAYUCAAAAACAGAUAAACAAAAACAUGGCGGCGAAACUACUGACGAUAGUCAACCUUGGUUUGGAAAAGAGCGCGAAGAAAGAGAGCACAAUCAACAUAGAAACCCCGAUAAAUACGAUGAAAAACAACGUCAUAAACACAGCCACAAACACCGCCAUUCUAACCAACACGAGGAGAAACCCGAGAAACAUUUACGAAAACAUCACGAAAAACACACACAUAACGAACAUAAACAGGUGAAGGGACACGAGAAAAAACACAGCGAUGAACAUAAAAAAAUUGAACUUGAUAAAGUUUGGCGUGAGUACGAGUCAGGAAAAAGAUAUUAUUCUAUGGAGAAGGAUAUGAAGAAAGUUAUAGACCGACUUGAUGGUGUUGACCGCUACCGUCGCGAAGAGCGCCAGCGAUCAACUGACAGAUCACGUGGUUUCUCCAGCGAUACGUCAUGUGAAGUUACACACAGAAGUCGCAGCAGAGAAAGGAGACGAAGAUCAAGAAGUCGAGAGAAGAAUAAGCACGAGUCAGAUCAGGAUGUGAAUUCCUGGCACUAUUCACUGGGACGUAUUGAAGCCCGUCAGGAACAAUGCAAAGCGGACAURGAUACUGCAAGACGAUCAAUCGAACAUCGCAUUAAACAACUCGAGGCAAGACUAGAAAAACAAUAUUCGUCUUCAGAGAAACUUCCAGAAAGAAAUUGCGAAAAACUGGAUGCAAGUGAAGCGCGAGACAUUAAAACCAUGAUCGACAAAGUUGCGGAUGAAUGUCGGGAAGUCACAAGGACAUUAGACGUGCGAACAGAGGAAAUGAAGACAGAAAUCGCUACAGUUGUCAGGGAAGAGUUCUCUAACUUAGACGAAAGGUUGAGUUAUGGAUAUAAAAGCCCCGAAUCUCCGAUAUCAUUCUACGGCAUGCAGACUGGUGAAUUCACCUCUAAACCAAAUAAACUGAUUGAUGACGUCACGACCAGUCUAGCGUCAUUCCAGCGAUUGUCGUCAGCUGACGAGAGUAUGAUCACAGUGAUCGAGGAAAACAGCCGAGUAUCUCGUCAGUCUCCCGUACGUGUAAGCCAAUCCGGUGCUUUGGAUACACAAAGUGAACCAGCGUUACCUUUGGCAGGCGGUACUUUCUCUGAUAACACAGAGGAAGGUCAGGGGGUAUCUCAAGAACCACCAGACUCACCGUUGACCGCAAGAUCUAAAGCAUUCGAGAAUCUUUAUGAAUUGUCUAUUCAAAGCCUUGAAGAUGAAGAAGAUUUUGAGGAAGACGAAGGCCCUGAUUGUAUUAGUUCACCCGAGGCCGUGCAGGACAUAUACCGGCGUAAAAUAAAAGAGACAGAAGAACGAUGCCAGGAAAGAGCCUUGGUCGAAAAAGAAAUGUUGUACAAAAGAAUUAAUGAGCUUGAGACGAUGCUUUUAGCAGCUCGAUCUWCUACAGAAAACCACACGUAGGGCAGAGACACUGUAGUCAAGACAUCUCACGUCUUSGGCGAUUUGAACAUACCACAAGCUUUUCGAAAAUCUCUUCUAGUAAUUCUAUUCAAAUCAAUACUUUUGAGAAUACACAGCCUUGUCUGUGAACAGCAUUGAGAUAAACCUAUUUUUGAAUGAAGCCUUCUGCUUCGCGAUGGACUCAAUGCCAAUUAAUAUGGUAACUUUGCAGAACCKCCAUAGAAAAUAUCAUUCUUGCCAUGUGAUAAAGUAAGUAUUUUAGUGUUCUAAUCCAAACGUCCAACAUUUGCGAAGUUAUUUAUAAUUAAAAAAGGUUUUUGCUGAAUGUGUUCAGACAACUAUUA